AUGACGAUUUCUGACUACUAUUCCGACGACGAAGAGUUGUAUCUGGUGCUUUUACAGCCUUUGGUGUUGAAGACCAUUGACGAAGUGAGAAAUUGGAGACUAACUUGUCUCUUCGACAACAAGUCUGUUGGUUUUGUUCCAACAAUGGGUGCAUUGCACAAUGGUCAUAUUUCUUUGGUCAACAACUCCUUGAAUUCUAACGAUAGGACAAUUGUUUCGAUUUUUGUUAAUCCCUCUCAGUUUGCUCCAACUGAAGACUUAGACUCUUAUCCCAAGACUUUCGAUCAAGAUUUGGAAAUUUUAUCCAAGCUAAAAAGUUCAUACAAUAAUUUAAUAACAAGAGUGGACGCUAUUUUUUUCCCUUCAGUCAAUGAAAUCUAUCCAUCUGGUAUUCCCCUAGAUGUUGAAAAACAACAGGGUGCUUUUGUAUCUGUGAAAGGUUUAAGUGAGCAAUUAGAAGGCAAAACAAGACCGAACUUUUUCAGAGGUGUUUCAACUGUUAUAACCAAGUUUUUCAAUAUAAUUACUCCCACAAAUGUUUAUUUUGGUCAAAAGGAUAUUCAACAAGUUUUGGUUAUUAAAAAAUUAAUCAAAGACUUGAUCUACCCGAUAAAUUUAAAUGUUGUCCCCAUUCAAAGAGACCCAGAAACUAACUUGGCAUUAUCUUCAAGAAACUUGUACUUUGAUGCAAAAUCAAGAAAUUUUGCCUCAAUUGUCUAUAAAUCUUUAAAUUUAAUCGAAAAUCUAUACAAAGAAAACAACAUAAAAGACUGUGGCAUAUUGAAGGAAAAAUUUAGUCGAUUUCUAAAACCUCAUGGUGAUUCGGAACUAUUGAAAAUCGACUACAUUUCAAUUGCUGAUAAAGAAAACUUGAUGGAACUAAAUGAGAUUGAUUCCAAUACUGGUGCAAUCAUAAGCUGUGCGAUCUAUAUUAAAAACAAUCAAGAUGGUAAAUUCAUCAGAUUAAUUGAUAAUAUCAUUGUCUAA